AUGUCUAACGUUACAUCAGUCAUUCAAUUGAGUCACAAAUCUCUUUCUUAUUUAAACAGUAUUAUAUUUUUUCAUUCUUCAGGUCUUCUUGGUUAUCUUUUUAUUCAUGUUGAGUCCCUUAACGUUAGUAGUCUAUACAUUCCUUUGUUACGUUUACCACGACUUAUCAAAACAUAUAUUGUUGUCAGAUUUUUCGAAGUAACUGAUAGUCGAACAAGUACUCCAAAUCGAAUACGAGCAAUAAAGCUCUCGCUGUAUCUUUGGCUGGUCAUACAUUGGAUUGGCUGUGUUUACUACAUGUUAUCAGAAUUUGAAGGAAGAGGAAGCAAUGAAUGGGUCUACCCUAGCGGAGAAGAAUUUGAUUCCUUCAUUAGGAAAUAUAUCCGGUGUUUGUACUGGUCGAUGUUAAUCUUAACUACUAUAGGAGAGCGCCCCUCCCCCUGUACUGAUCUG